AUGCCCUCAGUUGACGCCCUACGCCCCGCACCACCCACAGUGGUAGGCCCUACCACCCAAAAGGCGACUCGUCCAAGCCACCCCCUUCCUCAAUGGCUCAUCGAUGGCGCUCGUGUGGAUAAGCAAGAGGUCUUCGACGCGAGACGAGACCUAAACUUCCAACCCCCGAGCGGCAUCACCACCAUGCGGGAGAUCGGUCUCGAAGGCCACGGGAUCUCUCCGGUGGCAGCCUCCGAACCAUUUCCCCUCUUCACCCCCGAAGCCAUCAGACAGAUGCGGGCGGAGAUCUUCAGUGAGCCCGUCCUGAAAGAUUGUCAAUACUCGUCGAGCUUCGCCAAGAAUAUGAUCCGGGGCAUGGGUCGAGAACGUGCCCCCUUCACCUGCGAUGCGUGGAGCUCACCCGAGCUGCAGCGCAUUGUAUCCCAGGUCGCUGGGGUGGACCUCGUGGUCGCGUUCGACUACGAGAUCGCCAAUAUCAACAUCUCUGUCAACGAGGAUGCGUCGACUGUUGCCACGGUCAAGGAGAACCUGGAUACCUCGGCCUUUGCAUGGCACUACGACAGUUUCCCGUUCGUGUGCGUGACGAUGCUGUCGGACUGCAGCGACAUGGUCGGCGGCGAGACGGCUAUCCGGACCCCAGCGGGCCAGAUCAAGAAGAUCCGUGGACCGGCGAGGGGCACCGCAGUGGUAAUGCAAGGCCGAUAUAUCGAGCACCAGGCGCUGAAAGCGCUGGGCGGCCGCGAGCGGAUCAGCAUGGUGACGCCCUUCCGACCGCGGGAUCCCUCCGUCCGCGACGAGCUGAUCCUGACCGGAUCCCGGGCCAUCAGCAACUGGUCGGAGCUUUACCAUGGUUUCACGGAGUAUCGGUUGGAGCUGCUCGAGGAGCGCAUUCGCUUGAAGUUGAAGGAGGAGCGAGGACGGGUGGAUACCAAGUGUCCGUUCAAUAUUGCCGGCAUGGCGGAGUUCUUGGCGGAGCAGAAGGACUUCCUGGAAGCGACGAUUGCGGAGUUGACGGUGGUCGAAGAGAUGGACUAG